AAAUAUUUUUUUUUUCAAACGGGGGCUUGGGCUAAGGAAAAUCAACCAUUGCCAUCCCUACACUCGCUUGAAAAAACUAACCAAACCUGAGCUGCUUCCGCUGGGAACCAUGCGGCGGCGAAAGAAAUCGAAAUCAGAAAAUGCGGCGGCGGAGAAGCCUCCAAAUAAGAGUGCGGGGACGAAAUCUCUGGCGGGGAAGCGGCUAACCAAUGCCCAGCGCUCAGCAUAUUUCUCCCGGAGAGAAGCCGCAAAGGUGCUGCGCACCGUGCUCCAAGGAGACUCUCGCCGCCUAGCCGUCGCCUCCAUCAAGUCGCUGGUUUACGGCCCAUCCGUCAGGAACAAGAGAGCUACUUAUGCUCUCGUCUGCGAAACACUCAAGCAUCUUUCUAUAAUAAAGGAUGUCUUGGGGGCUUCCAAUGUAUUGACUGGAAAAUGGAAGAGACAAGAAGAGUUAAUGUAUAUAGUCACAUAUGACAUUCUGUUUGGACAGGAAGAUGCAUUAGUUGGCGAUGCUGAAAAGUUUCUACUGCUCAGAAAGGUUGCAUUGCAGUCAGCUCUAGCUCGUCUCUUAGUAAGAAGAGGGGUAAAAAAAGUGAAUGAAUUAAUUACUCCUCAUGAUUCUCAAAAGUGUCGUUAUGUUCGUGUAAAUACUCUUAAAAUGGAUGUUGACUCUGCAUUAAUUGAGCUGAUGAAACAAUAUAAGGUUGUAAAGGAUGACAUGAUCCCUGACUUGUUGGUAUGCCCACCCGGUACAGACUUGCAUGAUCAUCCUUUUGUGAAAACUGGAAUUGUCUUUUUACAGGGUAAGGCAAGUUCCAUGGUGGCUGCAUCACUUGGCCCUAAACCAGGAUGGGAGGUCAUUGAUGCUUGUGCUGCACCUGGUAACAAAACUGUUCAUCUUGCUGCCCUAAUGAAUGGAAAGGGAAAGGUUAUUGCUUGCGAACUAGAUAAAGGAAGGUUUAAAUAUCUAAAACACACUGUUGAAUUGGCUGGGGCGACUAAUGUGCAUGUUAUGCAUGAUGACUUCCUUAACUUGAGCCCAGAAGAUCCAUUGUAUUCAAAGGUUCGUGCAAUACUUUUGGAUCCAUCUUGCUCUGGGUCUGGAACUGCUCUUGAUAGGUUGGACCAUCUUCUCCCAUCAUCAGCCAAUGCAGGUACUCAUGAUGCUCUUGACAUGGAUAGACUACAAAAACUAGCAAAUUUCCAAAAGAAAGCUUUGGAACAUGCAUUGCGCUUUCCAGCAGUGGAGAGAAUUGUUUACAGCACUUGCUCCAUCCACCAAAUCGAGAAUGAAGAUGUCAUCAGUUCCCUGUUACCGUUCGCCACAUCUUGUGGAUUUGAACUGGAAAUGGUUCUUCCUCAAUGGCCUCACCGUGGUCUUCCAGUCGUGGCUGGAUCAGAAAAAUUGCUGCGAACUGACCCGGUCAAGGACAAAGAAGGCUUUUUCAUUGCCAUGUUUGCUAGGGCUGGAAAAGAAGACCAUUCUGUAAAGUCUCAGAUGGAGGGCAAUACUUCAAGUAGACCCAGAAGGACAAGGAGACGUUCAAAUCUGUUCUUCAAAAUGUUCAGAACAAUGAGGUAUGCAAAACUCUACUCUGCUAAAAAAAGAUGACAAAUGUGUGUUGCAUAUGUUACACUUGUAUUAGUAGUUAUUUUUCCAGUUUUUUGUUUAAUUUGUUUUUAUUAUCAAUGUAGUGCUUUCAAAUUCAGAUUCAAACAUUUUUUCCAGAUGUAUGAAUGUGGACAUAAUUACAUUCAGAUUCGUACAUUUUAUCAAUUUACCAAAAUAGUGAAGCAAUUUUGACUUGAUUUUACAAUUACAAUUAAUUAUAAUGUUACUCCAUAUUUUAGUGUAUUUUUGGUAACAAUUAGUGGCGGACCCAGACUCUCAAAUGAGCGGUGUCAAGAGUAAAGGGGCCAGAACUUC